CAGCUCUUUAUAUCAUUAAAAAUUAACCUCCUCAGCAGGUUGCGGCGGGUGUGGCAGCUCACACCUGUAAUCCCAGCACUUUGGAAGGCUGAGGUGGGAGAACUGCUUGAGGCUAAAGGAUCACCACCAGCCUCGUCGACAUAGCAGCACAUUGUCUCUAAAAGAAAAUUAAAGAUAGCAUGAGCUGGACAUUGCGGUCCACACCUGUAGUCCCAGCUACUGAGACUGGAGGAUCACUUGAGCCUAGGAGGUCGAGGCUGCAGUAAGCUGUAGUCCAGCUUUGGUAACAGUAAGAAUGCAUUUCUUAAAUAAAAUAAAAAUUAGGUUGGAAUAUUGCUGAAGUCGUGUAGGUUGAGUCUGCAAUGAGCUGUGAUUGUACCACUGCGGUCCAGCCUAGGGGAUAGAGCAAGAUUCUUUCUCAAAAAAGUAAAAUACAAUAAAAAUUAACCCUUUAGCAUGUCUCCCAGUAACACCUUCCCUCUAAUGUUUUUCCUAGAAGCUCUUGGAUUUUGUUUGCUUUUCAUGUAUCUUAUAAAAUUUUUAUGGGAUUGGAUGGAUGUCCGCCUCAUUCCUUCUUUUAUUUUUAAAGAAUGUCUUUUUGUCACUUCCAGCUGGAUCUACCAUGAAAGACAUCAGAGUUCAGGAGGAGACUGGGCAUCAUGUUACUCAGAUGGAGUUUUGCUCCUGCUGUGUGCUCCUGCUGGCCUCAGGAGGCCCGAGCAUUGGGUCCUGAAGUCGGCCUCUCCAGGCCCAGCUCCUGCUCUCCUGGCGUCUCCUCCACAUGGUUGCAAGAUAUCCUCACAUGGGUGCCUCCAGGGCCAGCUGCUGCCUCCCAACGGCACCCUGGGGCCCAGCUUCUGCCUCCCCUCAGCCUCUCCGGGAGGUCCAGCCUAUGCCUCCCUUCUGGUGGCCUUUCCAGGCCCGGAUCCUCCUCCUGGCCUCAUCUACUGGACCACGUCCUGCCUCCCGGCAGCUGCUUUUUGCUCAGCUUCUGACCAGCUUCCAGCGGCCUUUCUUCUGUAGGCCCGAAGCUUUCUCAAGUGGGGCUUUUCAGGCCUUUGUUCUGCCUCCUGGUGGCCUGGACUGGCCCUGUUACCACCUGACAUUGGCCCCAGCGGGCCCAGCUCUGGAUUCUCCGCAGCCGCCCCAUCACCAGCUGCUCCCUGCUGGUGGCUUCCCCAGGCCAAGAUUCUUCCUGCCUUCCUGCCUGCCUGCCUGCCUGCCUGCAUUCUGGCUGCGUCCACGGGCCCAGUGCUCCCCCUCACACUGGCCUGUUGGGGCCCAGCUCAUGCCUGUGGCAAACCUCUCCGGACCCAGCUCUCGCCUCACUCUUGCCUUGAGUCUAGGCCCAGGCACUCCCUCGCAGGGGUCUUCCUCAGCCCAGCUCACCUAUCAUGGACUCUCCCAGGCCAGCUCCUGCCUUCCAGCGGCCUGUUCAGGCCCAAAGCUUCCUCUUUGGGCCCGGCCUCCCCAGCCUUAGCUCCUGCUUGCGCCAGGCCCAUACUGGGCCCAGCCUCUGCCUUUCAGUGGACCCUCCAGGCCCAGCUCAUGGCAUCACCGUGGCCUCUGCUCAGGCCCACCUCCUGCCUCUGUGGCAGCCUGUAUCCACAGGCCCCGCCCCCAGCCUCCACGUGGCCAUAUCAGGCCAAGCCGGUGCGUCCCGGUGGCCCUCCCGCACCCAGCAUUGGUCUGCUGGCAUCCUCUCUGUGCCCUGAAUGUCUUCAGGUUGGCCUUUCGGGGCCCAGCUCCUGCUCUCGGCCGUGUCUAUGGGCUCAAUGUUUGAAUUUGCCUCGCAGCAACCUCUGGGGACUCAGUUCCUCCCCAGCUCCUGGCGGCCUUUGUAGGCCCGAAAGCUCAGGCCCUCGGCUCAGGCUCUCCAGACCCACCCAGCUCAUGUCUCACGCUGGUCUCUCCAGGCUUGGCUUCUGCCCUCCCAGGGCAUCUCCAGGCCCCAGACAUUCCUGAGUCAGCUUCUGCUGGCCCGGGUCCUGCUGCCUCAUCCUGCUGGCCUCGGGAGGCCCAAGCAUUGGGUCCUCAGGUUCAUCUCUGUAGGCCCAGCCUCUGCCUCCUACUGGUGGCCUCCGCACACCCGGAUCGUCCUGCUGGCUGUAUCUACCGGCCGACAUUUUGCCCCCUGGCAUCCUCUUUUGGCUCAGCUCCUGGCCAGCUCACGACGGCCUUUCGUCUGUCGGCCAGAAGCUUCCUCAGGGCUUUUGGGGUGUCCCUUCUGCCUCCCGGUGGCCUUGACAGGCCCAGCUACAUCCUGACAUUGGCCUCUCCAUGCCCAGUUCUGGUCUCCCUACAGCACCCCCAGCACCAUCCACUGUCUGUCGGCCACUUCCCCAGGCCAAGAUCCUGCCUACCUCCCGACUUUGUCCACAAACCCAACGCCUCCCUCACACUGGCCAGUUGAGGCCCAACUUGGCCUCUAGCAGAUGUCUCUGGACUUAGCUAUCGCCUUGUACUGGCCUUGAGUCUGGGCCCAGGCAACAGGCCCCAACUUUGCCCCCGGCAGCCUUUUUUUUUUUUUUGAAUCACAGUUUUGCUCUUCUUACCCAGCCACGAGUGCAAUGGUGUGAUCUCGGCUCACCUCAACGUCCGCCUCCUGGGUUCAGGCAAUACUCCUGCCUCAACCUCCUGAGUAGCUGGGAUUACAGGCAUGCGCCACCAUGCCCAGCUAAUUUUUUGUGUUUUUUUUUUUUCUUCCUCGCACCGGCUUUUCUUAGCCCAGCUUGCCUCUCAUAAACUCUCUGUUCAGCUCCUGCAUCCCAGUGGCCUGUCCAGGCCCGAAGCUUCCUCUCCGGGCCUGGCCUCUCCAGGCCUGGCUCCUUCCAGCGCUAAACCCCUCCAGGUUGAGCGUCCGCGUCUCAAUGGACCCCCGAGACCCAGCUUGUGGCCUCAUCGUGGGCUCCGCUCAGAGCAGCUCCUGCCUCUGUGGCAGCCUGUCUCCACAGGCCCAGCUCCUGGCCUCCUGGUGGCCUCCUCGGGCCAAACCGGUGCUCCAGACUGCCCUCUUAGACCCGGCAUUGGCCUGGUGGCAUCCUCUCGUGCCACAGAAUGUCUUCAGGUAGGCCUCUCGGGACCCAGUGCCUCCUCUCGGCAGCGUCUACAGGCCCAACUUCUGAAUUUGCCUCACAGCAACCUCUGUGGACUCGGCUCCUGCCCAGCUCCCGACGGCCUUUGUAGGCCCGAACCCUCAGACCAUCGACUCAGGCUCUCCAGGACUGCCCGGCUCAUGCCUCACGCUGGCCUCUCCGGGCUCACCUUCUGCCCACCCAGGGUGACUAUAGGCCCCAGAUGUUCCAGAGUUGGCUUCUUCAGGCCCGGCUCCAGACUCCUCCUAUUGGCCUCUGCAGGUUCAAGCAUUGGGUUCUCAAUUCAGCCUCUCGAGGCCCAGCUUCAGUCCUUCUGGCGUCUCCUCCCCAUGGGUGCAAUACAUCAUCACGUGGGCCCUUCUUGGGCCAGCUCAUGCCUCCCAAAGGCCCCCUGGGCUUACCUCCUGCCUCCCAUCAGCCUCUUCUGGAUGCCUACCCUCUGCCUCUGUACUGGUGGCCUCUCCAGGCCUGGAUCCUCCUCCUGGCCACGUCUACGGGCCCAAGCUUUGCCCCCGGCAGCCUUUUUUUUUUUUUUUUUUUUUGAAACGCAGUUUUGCCCUUGUUACCCAGCCGUGAGUGCAAUGGUGUAAUCUCGGCUCACCUCAGCCUCUGUUUCCUGGGUUCAGGCAAUUCUCCUGCCUCAGUUGCCUGAGUAGCUGGGAUUACAGGCAGGUGCCACCGUGUUUGGCUAAUUUUUUUUUUUUAUUUUGAGACGGAGUUUCGCUUUUGUUACCCAGGCUGGAGUGCAAUGUCGCCAUCUCGGAUCACUGCAACCUCCGCCUCCUGGGUUCAGGCAAUUCUUCUGCCUCAGCCUCCUUAGUACCUGGGAUUAAGGCACACACCACCAUGCCCAGCUAAUUUUUUGUAUUUUUAGGUGAGACGGGGUUUCACCAUGUUGACCAGGAUGGUCUCGAACUCCUGAUCUCCUGAUCCACCCGCCUCUGCCUCCCAAAGUGCCGGGAUUACAGGCGUGAGUUACUGCGCCUGGACCCCAGCAGCAUCUUUUGGCUCAGCUCCUGGCCAGCUCCCAGCGGCCUUUUGUCUGUCAACCCAAAGGUUUCACAGGUGGGGCCUUCUGGGUGUCCCUUCUGUUGAGGACACCGGGAGGCAGAAGGGACGCCCAAAAGCCCCACCUGAAGAAGCUUCAUGCCGACAGAUGAAAACCCGCCAUGAGCAGGCGAGGAGCUGAGCCGAAAGAGGCUGCCAGGGGCAAAAUUGAGCCCGUAGACGUGGCCAAUAUGAGGAUCCAGGUCUGGUGAGGCUACCAGUAGGGAGGUAGAGGCUGGGCCUCCUGGAGAGGCCACCUGAUGGGAAUCAGGAGCUGGGCCCCAGGGGGCCACUGGGAUGCAGGAUCUGGCCCUGGAGGGGACCACGUGAUGAUGUACUGUGCCCACGUUGGGGGGUGCUGCCGGGAGGGCAGGAGCUGGACCUGCAGAGGCGGACUUCAUGACCCAGUGCUUGGGCCUCCCAAGGCCAGCGGGAGGACAAAGCAGGACUGGGCCUCAGGGCUGAACUCUGGACUCCCCGCUGCCCCCGCAGCUCCAGCUGCUGCCUGCUGGCUGCUUCCACAGGCUAACAUCUUUCCUGCCUGCCUGCCUGCCUCCCUGCAUCUUGGCUGCAACCACAGGCCCAGCUCCUCCCUCACACUGGCCAGUUGAGGCCCAAUUCAUGCCUCUGAAAGACGUCUCUGGAGCCAGCUAUCGCCUGGUGAUGGCCUCUACUCUGGGCGCAGGUCCUCCCUCGCACCGGCCUU